AUGACCUUUCACGCAUUUUCCUCCGCCACCAACACCUUGUACUCGCUCUUCUCCUGCCAACUCUGUCAACCGGACUCCUGUUUCUGGGCCCUUUCUGGCACGAAUGGCGUGCAAGGCGGUUCUACACUCUGCAAGCUAGACUAUGCACGGGAGCUAUGGUACACCUCCAAUCUCAUCCGCCUACGCAACAUUGUGAUUGCGCCUCUGGUUGAAGAAAUAAUCUUUCGUGGCUGCAUCCUUUUCCACCUCCAGCGGCGGUUCGACUCCUGUGGUGCUCUUUGUCUCGGCUCUAGUCUCCUCUUUGCCGUUUCGCAUUUUCAUCACGUGGUAGAGAGGAUUUACGCUGGCUAUGCGGUGCGCGAAGCUCUUUUGGACGUCUUGUCCCAGGUCCUAAUGACGGCAAUGUUCGGUGCCUACUCGACGCUGCUUGUUCUGCGAAGCGGUCACUUAGCAGCAGCCUUUGCGGUGCACUCGUUGUGCAACCUCAUGGGUAUGCCCGACAUUGCGGGCGAGAUGAGGGUGGCGGAGAUUCAUGAUCCCCGAUGGGGUAGAUGUGUGUACAAAGCCCUUCUCCUGGUCGGUUUCAUCAGUUGGCUCGUUCUCAUUGGGCCGGCGUCAACUCUCUUCGGCCUUUCUGACUCGACCCUCUGUCGCCUGCCCUAA